CUGGGAGUGAAAAUGCCAACUAGACUAAGGAUUUUACAGUAGGGCCUCUGGUGCAGUGAGCAUCCACUAACCUAACCUAGGUUAAUCAGAGGUUGAAACGUCCAACCUAAGUCAGCACUAGACUAGCAAUGACUUCAGUGCUAGUGCUAGCAAGCAUUGCCACUGAAGUAGAACAAAAUUGAAAGCUAGCCGAACUCAAAUACCUAUAUAUGCUGGCUAAUUAAUGGCAGGCUGUUACACAAAUCUCAGUCCGAACGUGCACACUUCGCUGUGAGACAUUUGGGAAUAUGGUUGCAUCGUGGCAACUAUGGCUGUCGCCGCGACCGACUCGGCGUACUGAAACAGCAACACAAGAAACGGCCCUCGCGGCGGGCGACACCAUUCUGUACGAGUUCUUCAAAGAGGACGAUGGCCGCCGAACCGUGAAAGAAACGCACUAUUUUCACAAGAAAGAAGUAAGAGACGGCCUUUCCGGGCCACCACUCCAUAUUCACUUGAAGCAGAAGGAGACUUUCCAAGUUCAGCAAGGGGUAUUAGGUGUUGUCAAGAACGGCAAGGAGUAUGCGCUGACCAGAGACGAUGGACCUGUAUCUGUUGAGCCUGGUGUUAGGCACACAUUUUGGGCACAUGGCUCAGGCAAGGAAGACCUUAUUUUCAAAGUCUGGGUCGAACCACAGGAUGCGGACCACGGUUUUGACGAGAGCUUCAUGCGUAACUUCAGUAGCUAUCUCAGGGACUGUGAGAAGCACAAGAUUGCUCCGUCCAUCUUUCAGAUUUUGUUGUUCCUUUACCACAGCGAUAUCAUCUUAACACCGCCGUUCUGGCUGCCCCUAUCAUUCUUGAUCGUUUUACACCAUGUUUUUGCCUACUGGAUAGGGGCCAGCCUUCUCGGAUAUGAAGCAUCUUAUCCUGAGUACAGUGCCGACUCUAAGAAGACUUCUUGAGUUGAGUGUAUAGAUCGGCUCUGGGGAAGAAAGAGUUGCUACGCGAAUGGAAUAAAUCUGUAGUGUGCAGUAACCACCAAUAGAAAGUGCAUGAAUGAUAGUGAGAUGGCUUCGCCGGCCUGGAUGUUGUGUGUUACAAGGAAAGCUUGAUAACGAUUUGUAAUACUCAGCAAGUUAUCUAUGGAGGUGAUAGAAGACUUGUGCGUGACUUAGUGUACUAUAUUGAUGUACGAAUUCUGACAAGAAAUCAGAGUUUCCAUAGGUAUAAUCCAUGCGUUGUUGUUGUU